ACAGAUUAAACUGUUGUGUUGAUUUCUGUGCUUAUGUUGGUUGUGCCCCAAGCCAUUUGGUUGAAGUAGAGAAAUGGCGGACAAAGACGACAAUGAGAAAACUAUUGCGGAAGACUUGGUUGUUACCAAGUAUAAAAUGGCAGGAGAUAUAGUCAAUCGAGUACUGAAACAAGUUAUAGCCAAGUGUGUGGCAGGAGCUUCAGUCCGAGAAAUUUGCAUUUAUGGAGAUGAACUGCUUGUUGAGGAAACAGGCAAGGUCUUCAAACGAGAAAAGGAUCUUAAGAAAGGAGUUGCUUUUCCUACAUGUGUAUCAGUUAACAACUGCAUCUGUCACUUCAGUCCGCUGCAUAGCGAGCCGGAUUACUUACUGAAAAACAACGAUGUAGUUAAAGUAGAUCUUGGUGCUCAUGUCGAUGGUUUCAUUGCGGUUGUGGCCCACACGAUUGUUCUGGGAGCUUCACAGUCCAGUAAGGUGACCGGAAAGAUAGCCAAUGUCAUGAUGGCAGCACACUACGCCUCGGAGGCAGCGCUCAGAUUGCUCAAAGCCGGCAAUGAGACGUACACAAUAACAGAUACAGUCCAGAAGGUAGCGGAGGCUUACAAGUGCAAACCUAUAGAGGGAAUGUUGAGCCACCAGUUGAAACAGUUCAAGAUUGAUGGGGAGAAGACCAUCAUUCAAAAUCCGAGUGAUGCCCAGAAGAAGGAACACGAGAAGUUUGAGUUCGCUACACAUGAGGUCUAUGCCAUGGACGUGCUCGUCAGUUCGGGCGAAGGAGUGGGCCGAGAAAUGGACACCAGAGUGUCCGUGUACAAGAAGACAGAUGAGACAUACCAACUGAAGCUGAAAGCUUCUCGCAUGUUCUACUCAGAAGUAACCCAUAAGUAUGGAACCAUGCCUUUCAAUCUGCGAAACUUUGAGGAGGAGAAGAAAGCCAGGCUGGGUGUGACAGAAUGUGUCAACCACAAGCUUAUAGAGCCUUUCCAAGUACUCUACGAGAAAGCUAAUGAAGUGGUUGUUCAAUUCAAGUUCACAGUGCUGUUGAUGCCAAAUGGUCCACAUAGGAUAACUGGUCUGCCUUUUGAAAUGGAUCUGUAUCAGUCAGAAUUGGCCAUCAGUGACCCCGAGUUGAAGACAAUACUCAAUACAUCAGCCAAGGCCAACAAGAAAAAAAAAAAGAAGAUAGGCAAAGCCGAAGAGGAAAUAGUGGGUGAAGUGGAGGGAGAGGCUUGAAGUGGCAAUAUUCUGGAACUGAGUGGAUACAAUACAAGGAUUACAAUCAAAACGAUAAACGAGAAAGGAAGCACAAAGUGCCACACACCGGGGAAGGACUGAAGGUUUUAAUUUUUGAUUUGUAGGAAUACAAUUUUGUAUUUGACAGAAAGAACUUAGUAUUUUAUAUUUAGAUGUGAAAUUGUUUUCUCCCAGUUUGGGUCUACCCCAUCCCAACCGUGCCUUGCCCGGCCUUACUUUUACUUCAUUUUAAUAUCAAUUGCACAAUGUAAUUUGUUUUUUGUUAUGUUUUAGUCAUUGACAUUCAAUAUUUAGUUUUAAUUUUUUAGCUCUAUGUUGUUUCUUUAAAGCGUCAGUAUCGUGUAUCAUACAAAAUUUGUAUCAAGGUAUGUAAUUCACAGUAAAAGUUCUUUUCCAAAGGGAUGGGUGAGUGCUUGACAUCACAAAGGUAUUGAACAUAAAAAGCUCAGUCUAAUCUAUUAUGUAUUCUUUCUUAUUCUACGUAUGUUUGAAUUUUGCUUAUUUUGAUAACGAAGUUGCAUAAAACGUACCCGACAGUGUGAAACAGCAAGUGCAAAUCCGUAAUAUAUCCUUUUUGUUAUUAGCCAUUUGGUAGAAACUGAUUAAGAACGUUUAAAUUAAUUUUGUUUUUAAUCAGGAAUUUGAAAUCUAUCCGGGAUCACCAUAUUUUUGUAUUUGUUUCAAUAAUUAAUAAAUAAAGUUUAUGUUAAACAAGGUAGCUAAUACUAAAUAGUUUAUACAUCCAAUUUGAUAAUAAAUGGUUUAUACAUUAUUCGAGAACAAUUGAAUUAUCCCCUCCAACAUUUAUAUGAAAUCUCUUUGCUCUUUACAUUUUUAUAAAGUUAAACUAGUCAUACCUUUUGGGGAAAUUGAUAAGUUUUAUCCAAGUUUGGCAAAUAUAAAAUACCCCUAGUCCAACAGGGGGAAUUUUUAAAUUUUAAAAAUUCCCAGGGGGGAAUUGGAAAAAUUUAAAUUCUCACUUAGUACAAUUCACCGAAAACCGUUUAGGUUUAUCUGGAUGGUGUAAAUCAGCCAGAAGUGAAUCCUUCCAAGGACUUAAAACUCUUACUUGAGAUGUUACAACUAGAAUUACUUAUUCAAUUAAAAUAUUGUGACAGUCAGUUAAAACGUGUGAAACCACUAAAUAAAAUAACUUUUAAUAUAUACCGGAACUUGGAAUAAUAUAAACCGAACUGUUGCGUUGGCUCUCUUUACCAUAACCUAAUGCUAGCUUUAAGUGCUUUUUUUCGUUUAGUUUCUUUUAACUUAUCCUUCGCCAUUUAAAUUCCCAGAAUAUGCAAUCUGACUACUUAAACUGUAAGCAUUUAGUUUCAUUUGAAUUAUGAUUGGUUUUCAUGUUUCGAAUUGACUAGAACAUGUGGUAGAAGGAAUGCCCAUUUAAUGUAAACUACUUUGCUAUUCAAAAUACUUAUUCCCGUUAUUUGUGAAUCCUUACGCCAUGUUUAACGAAGCAGUGCUUCGCCCCACUGUUGCCGGCCAACGAUUUUAGCAAUAAUUUACAUCUAAUAAAUAGUUUUAUAUGCUGGACUUGUUGUCUCUGUUAAUUGCAGCUGGCCUCCAGUAUUCCUCGAAAAUAGGCUGAAAGGACUGAAACUCAUUUAGACUUAGGCUAGAAUCAAAACCACCAAAAUCUGAAUAUGAAAUAAAAAUUUGUAAGUUGGCUUAGUAUACAAAAUAUUUUCAGACGCAUUCAGUCUCCACAUUAUCCAGUAGGGGUACACAUUCCUGGUACUGACAUCUGUGUCAAGUUCGUGCCUUUUUAUGCUGUUAUUUUACAACUGUUAAUUACAGGGUGAUUAAAAAUUAAUGCAACCAUGUUAAAUUCAUCGAUAUCAUUUUACAUUUUUUUACAUACAUAUCCAAAAUGGUUUCAAUUUCACCUACAAAAAUUAACAAGUUAACACUAGUAACAGAGUAAAACCCCGUGAUAACAAUUUUCCAAAAACAUUUAAGAAUUAACACAAAUCAUCUUGUCAGAGGACAAAAAAGCUAUUGCAGCUUUACUACAGAUUACAUUAAUUUUUUAUCACCCUGUUUAAUUUUAAAGUUAAGAGUGUCUCAGAAGAGUUUUAAUUGUAACUCGGAAAACCCAAAGCAUUUUGGUUUUCUCAAAGGAAUUAACAAAAUUGUGUUAUUAUAUCAUUAUUUUAAUUUGAUUAUGUAAUUAACAACCAAUCAGUCAAAGGAAGCUUUGCAUAAGCUAUUCGUCAAUUUUAUGUAUAAUUCUUACAUAAAUAAAUUCUUGUUCAAUAUAUGUUGUAUUAUGAAUUGUAAUGUAAAUUUUAAUAAAAAAAUGCUUGUUAUUCCUUACAAAUACUAUUAACAAUAGAAACAACUCCAAUCAAUAUUGCUGAUCUGUAUCGUCACCAAAUAAUUUUUACAAUUACAAUGUAUCACCAUCAAAUGCCUGAUCAUUAAGUACAAUCUUAGAGUGACAUAUAUCUUGUUCAGUUUUUUGUUUUAUGCAUUUUGUUGUUAUUCAGCCAGAUUGAUGUAGAGUAUAAACACGUUUGGUGUCCGACGUGCUGUGACAUGAUCAAAAGCUGGGUUUGUCAUGUUUUGAUUCUUACAAAAAGUCAAUCUUGCCUAUCCCUUAUGCUUAGUUUUCUCUUUAAAAUGAUAUUCUUAAUAUUUUACGUUUCAUUGAGGAUUAAUAAUUGUUAUCUAAUCUCCUUUAUGCAAUAAUAAUCAUACUUUCAUUAGCAUCGUUACUUUUGUUACCUUUAAGUUUUACGAUUUUAAUGUCAGAUAAUGUAAUACCGUUUUUGUAAAUAUUCUGAAUCUUCAGAGAUCAUGUACUGAUGAAAAAGAUCAUUUCAACGAUUCCCAGUGGCUGGGAAAUAGACAGCAAGGUUUGGUUAGAUGAGAUGAAAUUGGUAUCUCACAAAUAGUGUUUGGAUUUCUUGUUCUUGUUGAUAACAAUUUUAAUUUUGUACAAUAACUUAUUCCUCUAUUAAAAGUUAUCAAUUUGUGA